AUGACAAUACCACCAAUGGUGGUGCAACAGGUUACACAAACUGAAGAACUGCAACAAAGUACUACAGUAAAAGAAGAUCAAGGCCAUGUAGAUUUAUUAACAGAAAACGAGAUGGUAAACAAUAAAGAAAACGAAAACAAUAAAGAAAUCGAACUUGCAAAAUUGUCCGAUACAACGCCUCCAUUGUCUUCAAUUGAAAAUAUGCCAAAAACUCCUUCCAUAAAAGUACACAAUGAAGACAAUAUUUUAGAGUUAUUGCCGACACCUUUUAAAAAGGCGCUCUUUUGGCCUGCGCCAAAAAAGAAUGUAGGAAACACAAAGAGAAAAAUUAGAGAAAAAAUUCCAGCAGUAGCAUCUUCAUCACAGUGGCAAGAAUAUGAUAAAAAUAAAGAAGCCGUUAAAAAUAAACAGGAAGAAGAAAAAAACAUUAAGAAAGAAGAACGCAUAAGAAAGAAAAGUGAGAAAAUAAAAUAA